AUGACUUGUUUGAUGCAGCUCUUCUUGCCUGCUGAACAAAAGCUAACCACACAGUGGAGGCUAAGAAGAGGUGUAAAUAACACACUUAGGACGGAUUUCUUACGGACGCAGUACAUUUGUACUGCUUAUGAGCCACAAACCUAUGAUGAAGCUUUUCCCGCGCUCCAUUCUAAUAGGAAUGACUCCUCAGCCAGUGUCUCCCAUGGAGACAUUAAACUGGCUGUACGAUCUACCAAAACUACUCAGAUUUUCACCGUUCCUCUUGAAGAGAGAAGGUUCAAAGAGAUUAAUGAGCAUAGCUUUGGAGAGGAAGGAGAACAGGCAAAGAUUUGCCGAGAGAUCAUGCAGAAAACUGGUGUAUCCAUUGAGAUGAGCUUGGCUAAAGACCAGAGUUUGACUGUUGUAAUUAGCGGUAAACCUGAAGAUGUCAUGAAGGCUCGUCGAGAAGUGGCAAGUUUUUUGAUAAAGAUUCCAAAGGAGCAUCAUCGCUUUAUCUUAGGCAAGAAUGGCAAGAAACUUCAGGAGUUAGAGCUGAGUACAGCCACCAAGAUCAUCAUUCCUCGCACUGAAAACUCGGAUUUUAUUCGUAUUGUGGGCACUAAAGAAGGUAUUGAAAAGGCUCGCCAUGAAAUACAAUGUACUUCUGAUGAACAGGCAAAACUUGCUUUUGAGCGCCUGCCUGUACCCAAGAUAUACCAUCCUUUCAUUUGUGGGCCUCACAACAACAACAUCAAGGCCUUGAUAGAAUCAACAAAUGCUCAAAUCAAUGUACCUCCACCCAGUGUGAUGAAGGAUGAGAUUGUUGUUUCUGGUGAGAAAGAAGGUGUAAUGAAAGCUAAAGCCACCAUCAUGAAGAUCUUGGAAGAAAAAAAAAAGAAGUGUCAGGCUGUCUCUGUUGAAGUCCGCAAAUCCCAACACAAGUAUGUGAUCGGACAGAAGAGAGCUAAUAUCCAGGAAAUUCUUGAAAUGACUGGAGUUUCUGUGGAGGUACCAAGCCUGGAAAGCACUUCAGGAACAAUCACAUUGCGUGGCGAGGAGGACAAGCUUGGCCCAGCUCUUACAAUGGUGUAUUCUAAAGCAAACAGUGUUAUUGUGGAGGAAGUGACUGUUCCUGCUUGGCUUCAUCGUUUCAUUAUUGGUCGUCAAGGUGCCAGUGUGAAGAAGAUCACACAGAACACACCCAAAGUCCACAUUGAAUUCACUGAUGGGCAAGACAUGAUCGUCAUUGAAGGUCCUCCAGAAGAAGUUGAAGAGUGUGUCAGCAACUUAACUGAGUUUGUUACUGAUCUGGAAAAACGGAUGGCAUUUGCUGAAAUUGAGGUGGACCAACGUUUUCACAAACAUAUCAUUGGCAAGAAUGGCGCUAACAUUUCUCGAAUUAAAAGUGAAACUGGCGUCGCCAUUCAAAUUCCAUCUGACAGUGUCAACAACAAUGUGAUUAGGAUUGAAGGUGAUCCGAACGGUGUGCAAAAAGCUAAGCAGGAACUCUUGGAGAUGGCUCAAAGAAUGGAGAAUGAAAAAAGCCGAGAUAUAGUCAUUGAACAGCGAUUCCACAAGACUAUUAUCGGUGCUCGUGGUGAGAAGAUUAGAGAGAUCAGAGAUAUGUUUAAUCAGGUGCAGAUUACAUUCCCUGAUGCUGGAAAGAAGAGUGAUGUGGUUACCCUUCGUGGGCCCAAGAAUGAUGUAGAUAAGGCUUAUAAGCACUUGAGCCAAUACCAUCAAGAACUGGUGACAAACAACUUCCAGUCUCAAGUACAGAUUUUUAAAGAAUUCCAUAAAAACAUCAUUGGAAAAGGUGGAGCCACCAUUAGGAAGAUUCGCGAUGAAACUGACACCCGUAUUGACUUGCCCAGUGAGAACAGCGACUCUGAUAUGAUUAUUAUCACAGGCAAGAAAGCCAAUGUAGAAUUAGCCAAGCAGAAAAUUGAAGCUAUUCAAAAAGAAUUGGCUAACAUCAAAGAAAUCACUGUGGAAAUUCCUUCCAAGUUCCACAAUUCCAUCAUAGGUGCCAAAGGUCGUCUGAUCCGUGCCAUCCUUGAAGAAUGUUCUGGCGUUUUGAUCCGUUUCCCUCCCGAGGGAAGCUCUUCUGAUAAAGUUGUCAUCCGUGGCCCAAUUGAAGAUGCUGAAAAUGCUCGCAGACAACUGCAGGAAUUAACUAGUGAAAAACAAAUGUCAAGUUACACUGCAGACAUUAAGGCCAAACCAGAAUAUCACAAGUUCCUUAUUGGUCGUGGAGGAACUAACAUUAAAAAGGUUCGUGAAAAAACUGGUGCACGUGUUAUAUUCCCAACUGAUCAAGACCAUGACCCCGAGCUCAUUUCUAUAAUUGGAAGGAAAGAAGCCGUAGAACAGGCUAAAGUAGAACUGGAAGCAUUAAUUCAGAAUUUGGAUAAUAUUGUUGAGGGAGAAAUCAGCGUUGAUCCAAAACAUCACAGAUAUUUUGUAGCUCGCCGUGGCGAGGUGCUGCGUCAGAUUGCCGAUGAAUAUGGUGGUGUGACAGUCAGCUUCCCUCGCAGUGGGGUUAAGAGUGACCGUGUAGUUAUCAAGGGGGCCAAGGACUGUGUAGAAGGAGCCAAACGCAGGAUCCUUGAAAUCGUUGCUGAUCUGGAUGCUCAGGUCGUGGUAGAAUGUGUGAUCAGCCAGAGGUACCAUCGUACUGUAAUGGGAGCUAGAGGACAGAAAGUGCAAGAGAUCACACGACUCCAUGAUGUGGCAAUCAAAUUUCCUGACCGCCCUGUUAACGGAGAGCGUUCAUCACAGCCUCCCACUGAGGAAACAGAUUCCUCCACUGCUGCUGCCAUUCCCAAUGGAGAUGUCAGUCCCGAGUCAGAAACUCCUGCUGACAUUAAUAAAUCUGAUAUCAUCCUCAUUACUGGAAAACCUCAUAACUGUGAAGAGGCAAAGAAAGCUUUAUUGGCCCUUGUUCCUAUCACUGAGGAAGUGGAAGUACCAUUUGAAUUCCACCGUUUUAUUAUUGGCCAGAAAGGAAAAGAUGUCCGUAAGAUGAUGGAAGAUCAUGAGGUGAGCAUCACAGUGCCACCUCCAGAGGAGAAGAGCAACAUCAUUUCAGUGACUGGCCCACCUUCCAAUGUGCAAGGAGCUAAGGCGGCUCUUGAAGAGAGAUGCGUAAUAUUGGAGAAUGAAAAGCAAGAUAAGAUCUUGCGUAGCUUCAAGCUGGAAAUUGAGGUGGAACCGUCAUACCACCCAAAGAUUAUUGGCAGGAAAGGUGCCGUUAUUUCCAAAAUUCGUGCUGACCAUGAUGUUAAUAUUCAGUUCCCAGAAAGAGGUGAUGCUCAGAACAUAAUCACCAUUACUGGUUAUGAGCUGAAUGCAAACAAAGCAAAAGAAGCGAUCUUGAAGAUUGUUGAAGAAUUGGAUAGCAUGUCUGUCGUUGAAGUAAAAGUGGAUCACAGAGUCCACCCACGUAUCAUUGGUUUAAAGGGCCGUAUGGUGCGACGCCUUAUGGAGGAAUACAAAGUAGACAUCAGGUUCCCUAGACCAGAUACCGAUGAUCCCGAUAUAAUAACCAUCACUGGUGCUGAAGAAGACUGUUUGGAUUGUCAUGAUUAUCUCAUGGCUAUUGAAGAAGAAUUUUUGCAAGACGUCAUUGACCAAGAAUAUUUGGAAAAUCUGAAAGCCCCUCCUGCUCGUGCAGAAGUUAAUGGAGCCCCCAAAGAGUCAAAGGGCUUCUUUGUCAAGGACGCCCCUUGGGAUAAAGUACCAGAUACAGCCAGCACAGAAGAGUUCCCUUCUUUUGGAACUGUGGUAACCCCAAAACCUUCACAGGCCUGGGGUCCGUUGAAACGUAAAUAA